AUGGCAGUAUCGCGCAGUAUUUUUACCGCAAUACUCGGAGCCGGCGCAUCGGAUACUGGGAUACUGCAGGAUACUGCGGGAUACUGCUGGAUACUGCUGGAUACUGGCAAUUCAUGGAAAGCAUUCCCGGCUAAUGUGGAUACCGGAUACUGGGAUACUGGGAUACUGCGGACCGGCUUGGGCCACAAAUGUCGCAAGUGGGCUGUGGUGAUGGCAGGCGUUAUGACCGCGCCCGGCGCUGGAGAGUGCUCGAGAGCAUCUGACAUCGUCGGCCGCAGCGGCAGGGUCGGCCGAGCGGCGGCGCCCACACCGGUGGGUUCACUCGAGACGGUCCGGCGCCAAGCAAAGAGGAGCGUCGGUUACCAGAGCCUGCUGUGUGGCGGCAUUGCGAGCACGCUGGUGCUCCUGCGUGCCGGCGCCAAGCUUCAAUUGCCAAGGCUGACGCUGCAUCACAACGUUGAUAUCGCAUGCGGAUACUGCAGGAUACUGCAGGAUACUGCGGGAUACUGGCCGUCUCUGAUGCGGAUACUGGGAUAUUCGGCGGGGCUGGAGGACCAACUCUGCGAUAUUGGGAUACUUCGCCGGCGUGGAUGGAUUACUGUGAUACUCACCGGGGGAAUCUUUUACAGUAUCCCAGUAUUUGAGGCCUGCUGCGAAGUAUCCCAGUAUCUGGUCCGGCUCCGCGAAGUAGAAGUAAGAAAAUACUCCAACUCUCCUUGCCUACUGAGGUUGGGUCGUCGGCGCGAAUGGCGUGCGCCAUGCGCUCGCCGGCAUCGAGCGAGCAACGUGAUCGACCGAGCGGCUUGCUGUGUGGACGCCUUCUUCUGGCUCUCGUCGAGAGCGUUUUGCGUCCCGGCGGGUGGGAGAAUAUGUGUCGUCUGA